GGCGGGACCUGGGGGCGAGGCCAAGAAGAGAGACGGACCGGAACUAGAAACGUCAUUUCCGUCUGCGCAGUUACCCAGGGCAGAAGCCGAGCCCCGAAGCCGAGCCCAGGCCAGCGGCGAUUGGCAGGAAUUUAAAUGUCUUUGGUACAAGAAGAGGAAUUUGAAUUUGCAAAGAGGGAUAAAGCUGCCAGAGUCAUUCAGAAGGCCUGGAGAAGGUUUCUCAAUAUCGCUAUUUUCCAAUACUUUAAAAGUCUGAUUGAUAUAAGAAGACAAGGAGAACCACGUCACAUAAUAAGAUGUAUUAAUCCUAAAGAGGCAGAGCUUCUAGAUGCUGCAGCUGGCAUUCAUAUACGGUUCAGAUUUGGUGGUGCUAAAUUUCCACCUGAGAUAUACUAUAAAAUUUUUACUGAAAGACACAUUGAAGAUCUGUGUGCUAAUAGCCCUAGAGAUUACACAAAACUUUCAGCAAAAUAUGCAUCUCAUAUUAGAAGUGAUAAUCUUCAGAAACAGGAUUGUAGAGGCUGGUAUCGUCGUAUAGAGAACAAUGGCUGGAGGCUUGUUUCUGAUAGAUUUUGGGUGUCUACUGAAAAUGCAAUUGGAGACAAAAAGGAAACCAAAUUUCAUUUCUCUAAACUGAAAAGAAGACAAGAUAUAGAAAAAAAGAGAAAAAUUAGAAAAAUAGAAUGGAUGAGGCAAAUGUACUAUAAAGGACACCUGGAGGCUAAGUCAACAAAUCUAAAAACUCUAGGUUUAAUUCACAGAGCAUCAAAGGGGCUAAUAAAAUCUAUUGAAGAUGGUGGAAUAGAUUCUGUGAUGGAAUGGGAAGUGGAUGAAGUGCUGAACUGGACAAAUACACUGAACUUUGAUGAGUAUGUUGCCAGCUGGAAGGAAAUUGCUACAAGCGACUCUUCAGUUAACUUCAAAAGUUUCAGGUUUCAACAAGAACAGAAAUAUAUAUAUGACUAUGCAGCGAUAUCAGAGGGCAUGGGAACAUCAGAUAAUACUUCAUAUGGAAAUACUUAAGAAGAAUCAAAUUUUACUAGCCUAACAUCUAAUUCCCCUUAUGGAACAUAAAUAUAAAGUACUCUUUUCUUUUUUGAGCUAUAGCCCUUCAAACCCUGAUUACAUUCGCUAUACUUAAGAGAUAAGUUAUUCUGACUAGAAUGACAUAUAUUCUUGGCACAGAAUCUACCCAAUUAAGGAAGAUUAAAAAGAAAUAGAACAUU